UCUUCUCUCACACAGAUUUUCAUUUAUUUCUUCUUUCUUUUGUUUGACGAAAAAAAAACCAAUUCAAGGGAAAAAAUAGAAUUUUCGACGCCUUCAAAAAGAUAAAAAAUGUGUUAAAUUAAUGCAAUUAAACGGUGAAAAAUAGGAAAUAUUCGCAAAACCAUUAUAAAAUAUAAACAAUAGAAGUGAUAAAUAAUUGUUUUUGGUGCGUGAAUGUGGGAAAAUGUCUUCCAAAAGUGAAUUAAAAAAAUUGUCAGAGGAAUCAUUGUUGCAGCCACCGGAAAAGGUCUUUGACAUUAUAUGCAAAUUAGGCGAGGGUAGCUAUGGCUCUGUGUAUAAAGCUCUACACAAAGAAAGUAGUUCCAUAGUGGCCAUUAAACUGGUGCCGGUGGAGUCUGACCUGCAUGAUAUUAUCAAAGAGAUUUCGAUAAUGCAACAAUGUGACUCGCCAUAUGUGGUGCGCUAUUAUGGUUCAUAUUUUAAACAAUACGAUCUGUGGAUUUGUAUGGAGUACUGUGGUGCUGGCAGUGUAUCGGAUAUAAUGCGUUUACGCAAGAAGACACUGACCGAAGAUGAAAUUGCCACCAUACUGUCGGACACUUUGAAGGGUUUAGUUUAUUUACACUUGCGCCGGAAAAUACAUCGUGACAUAAAGGCGGGUAAUAUUUUAUUAAAUACUGAGGGCUUUGCUAAACUGGCAGAUUUUGGUGUGGCCGGUCAGUUGACCGAUACCAUGGCUAAGAGAAAUACUGUUAUAGGCACCCCCUUUUGGAUGGCUCCUGAGGUCAUAGAGGAAAUAGGCUAUGAUUGUGUGGCCGAUAUAUGGUCUUUAGGCAUAACCGCCUUGGAAAUGGCCGAGGGUAAACCGCCAUACGGUGACAUACAUCCCAUGCGUGCCAUAUUUAUGAUACCACAAAAACCGCCACCAUCUUUCCGUGAACCCGAUCGUUGGAGCACCGAAUUUAUAGAUUUCGUUAGUCGUUGUUUAGUUAAGAAUCCCGAAGAGAGAGCCACCGCUUCCGAUCUUUUGGAGCACGAAUUCAUACGCAAUGCAAAACAGCGUGGUAUUUUAAAGCCUAUGAUCGAAGAAACCUGUGCCAUACGUGAGCAACAACGAACAGCCCGCUCAGCAGGGGGUUCGGUGCAGGGAAGUCAAGCUAAAAGUUUGGCUACCCAACAAGAAGAUCUCUUACACGAAGAGGAACAAGAAUUUCCCGCUGAAACGGUUAAGACGUUUAUCGAUGAUCCUGGCACUUUGGUGCCGGAGAAAUUCGGUGAAUAUCAGCAGACCUCAAAUGCUUCGGAUGCUACAAUGAUUUCACAUCCCGAAGAUACGGGUACCUUGUGUCCGGGUAAAAUGGGCGGUAUAGGUGGUGCUGCGGCUAAUAAGUCGGCGGAUGGCGGUGAUAUAGCGGCAGUGGAUAGUGGUACUAUGGUAGAGUUAGAGUCUAAUUUGGGCACCAUGGUUAUCAAUUCCGAUUCCGACGAUUCAUCUACGACCAAACGUAAUGAUUUCGUUAAACCACGCUAUCGUCCACAGUUCCUGGAUCAUUUCGAACGUAAAAAUCCUACCGCCGAUGUAUCCGACAAAGCCACAGAGUAUUCUCCCGCUGCAGCUCAUGUAGCUGCUUUAGCCGCUGCACAGGCCAAUAAUCAGGCCUCGAAUGUAAAUAAUCAUAAUCUCAAUAAUCAUCAACAACUGCAGCAUCCACCGCUAUCGAAUGCCAAUUCAAAUGAUACAAAUUGGGAAAAUAAUAUGGAAAUGCAUUUCCAACAAAUCUCAGCCAUUAAUCAAUAUGGCCUGCAACAGCAUCAACAACAUUUACAGCAACAACAAAUGCAGCAGCAGGCUGCGGCAAAUGCUGCUGCCGCAGCCGCUGCUGCUUAUUAUGGUGUUAAUCCCAUGGUUAAUGAACAACAUCUUUUAGCUUUAAAUCAACAGCAACAGCAUCAAAUGCAACCACAUCCUGCCUAUCCACAGCCACCACAACAACAACAUCCUCAACCACCAGCCCAACAUCAUCCUCACCAUCAUUUACACACACAAUCCCAUACCUAUGUGGAUGGUGAAUUUGAAUUUUUGAAAUUUCUUACAUUCGAUGAUUUAAAUCAACGUCUCAAUAAUAUUGACUCUGAAAUGGAAAAAGAAAUCGAGGAACUCAAUAAGAAAUACAAUGCCAAACGCCAACCCAUUGUUGAUGCCAUGAAUGCCAAACGUAAACGUCAACAGAAUAUUAAUAAUAAUUUAAUUAAAAUUUAAUGUUAAAAAUCGUAAACAAAAGAAGAAAGGUAGAGUUUUUUUUUUAAUAUAAAAGAAAAGAACGAUAAAAAGAAACAACAUGAAAACCACAAACAAUAUUCAAACAAACAAAAUGAGAAACAAUAUAAAUAUAAAAAAAAUAAAAUUUUUGUUUAUAUUAAUUAAACAUAAUAAUAAUUAUAAUGAUUCGAAGUGCUAUGAUGACGAAGUGCUAAAGACGACAAGGAAUAGUAGUAGUGUUUUGGGAAAAAACAUUUACUUUUAUCGUUCUUACUUUUACUAAAUAUAAACAACAAAAGUUAAUACAUACAUAUACUCAAGGUAGAAUUUAAUUCUUUUAAUUAUUGAUGAGUGAGAGAAUCUCUUUUAGAAAACGAAACACUUUACAGUUUUUUUGUCGUCAUAAUUAAACCGCACAGGAAAGCCGAGAAAAACGUGAGAUUUUUUUUUAAUUUGAAAAUUUUUGUUGUUUUUCUUAUAAAUUCUAUUCUAUAUAAACUAUAAGUGCAUGUAGAAGGAAUAUUAUAAUUUUUAUGUAAUUUCUGUUACUUUUAGUUUGAAUUUGUUUGAUAAAUGAGAAAUUUAUUUGUAUGAUUUAUUAUGAAUGAAAAAAAAAAUAAUAAUGAAAAUUUAUGUAUGUUAUUUAAUUAGUUGUGUUUUGGUUUAGCUUGUUGUUGGUCUGAAAUCGAAAAUAAUUAACGAAUUUUAUUUAAAAAAGAAA